UCUAUCAAUCACCCCGGCUGUUGGGAUACCGGGCACCCACCCUGCUGUUGCUGCUCAGGUGCGUGGGAAGGCGCACGGCGGAGUUGGCGAGGCUCCGGGGAGGGACUCGGUGCCGCCUGCGACCAUGGCAGCGCGGAGGCGAGAUGCCUCCGCCUGGAAGUACUGCUGGGGAGCCGUGAUGGUUUUAUGCAGAACUGCACUGGCGCGGUCCAUCGUUUUAGACCCCAUAUAUUGGAAUUCCUCUAACCCCAAAUUCCUUCCUGGACAAGGAUUGGUACUAUAUCCACAGAUAGGAGACAAACUGGAUAUUAUAUGCCCAAAGGUGGACUCUAAAACUAUUGGCCAAUAUGAAUAUUAUAAAGUCUACAUGGUUGAUAAAGACCAAGCAGAUAGCUGUGCUAUUAAAAAGGACAAUACACCUCUACUUAACUGUGCCAAGCCAGAUCAAGAUGUUAAGUUUACCAUCAAGUUUCAAGAGUUCAGUCCUAAUCUCUGGGGCCUGGAAUUUCAGAAGAACAAAGAUUAUUACGUCAUAUCAACAUCAAAUGGGUCUUUGGAGGGCCUGGAUAACCAGGAGGGAGGGGUGUGCCAGACAAAAACCAUGAAGAUCCUCAUGAAAGUUGGACAAGAUCCCAACUCGGCAGGGCAGCCCCGGCACACGGAUCCCACCAAGCGCCCCGAGCAGGAGGCUGGCACCAACGGGAAGAGUUCCACCACCAGCCCCUUUGUGAAGGACCACUCAGGAUCUAGCACAGAUGGCAGUAAGGCUGGGCAUUCCAGUAUACUGGGUUCAGAGGUGGCCUUAUUUGCAGGGAUUGCAUCAGGGUGCAUCAUUUUCAUCGUCAUCAUCAUCACUUUGGUGGUUCUUUUGUUGAAGUACCGGAGAAGACACAGGAAGCAUUCCCCGCAACACACGACAACUCUAUCACUUAGUACAUUAGCCACCCCAAAACGCAGUGGCAACAACAAUGGUUCUGAGCCCAGUGACAUUAUCAUUCCUCUAAGGACUGCAGACAGUGUCUUUUGCCCCCACUAUGAAAAGGUCAGCGGCGACUAUGGACAUCCGGUGUACAUAGUUCAAGAGAUGCCUCCUCAGAGUCCAGCAAACAUUUAUUACAAGGUCUGAGAAACACACAACCAGCUCUGUGGUACAGUUGAGUCGUAGAGGAAACUCACUGGUCAAAUGCUUUCUGUUGGGGUUUGUGAUGACGCCUUGUGCGCUAGCAUUGACUUAAGCACAGGGGGGAGAAGGCAACAGCUCUUUCUCCAGGAACCGACGCGAGCUGGACAGCUUACCUAGUCUGUAGAAUUCCUAUCUCGGUGAAUAAGUAUUCACUAAAAGCUGGAAGACUUUUAUGUAGAAGAUGCCCAUUCUGAUUGCUGUACUCUUGUUACAUUCAUCAUCCUCAAAGCCAUGUGCCGUGGGCAUUCAGGCAUGUACAAAAGCCAAGGGAAGAUGGAGCAAUCCGUGGAUGUUAAUAGCUCUAGGCAUCCUGGGAAGGUGCUCUAGGAUAUAUCAAGCUUGAAAUGCAAUCUUCUGACUUUUGUGUGUCUCUCUCAGUGCGUACUGGAUUUGUCACACAGACCUUGGUGUCUAAAUAAGACUUGUUAAAGUUCUCUUGCUUUUAGUCCGUCACUGUUCCAUUUGUUUCUGUUGUCCGGGGCUCUGCCAUCCUUCACAUAAGAUUUCCUUUCACUCCACCUCCUGAAUCACUAAUGGAACAUUAAUGUUUGGAGAUCCGCACUCCAUCCAUCUGCUACAGCAGCCUCACUCGAAUGGGUAGUGCAUUUAUAAAAUUGUGUUUGAUAGUAAGGAGCCUUCCAGCCAAAAAGUUAGGUUGUCAACAAAGUCAAGAGCAGGACUGGGUGGUAGAGGGAAGGGCUGAUUGAAGUUGCAGUUGAAUAUUGCUGCCUCAAAAAUAGAAGCUGGGAAGAAAGAAAAAAAAAUGCAUUUAGGUAGCACAGCACUUUGGUAUGCUAAGUUUUAAGAGGCAAGUAGGAAACACAAUAACAUGCGCAGUGGAUUAAGGCUGCAUUUGAAGGAAUUCAUGGUUAUCAAAUACCAGUGUGCAGAAAAAAAAGUACCUUCAAUACAGUAGAACAAAGGGGUAUUGUUAGUAAGUGAACAAGCCUGGAGAAGACAAGACAAUAGCAGGCCGCUGAGGAUAUAUUAGGGCAGGGCUGUUGUGGUACUGGCAAUAAAAUACACAGCUUUGAAGCUGUAGCAAAAACGUAGUCUGCUUUGGAUGACUUUUAAGCAGACUCAGCUGCUAUACUAUCACAUUAUACUAAACACAGGGAAAGCAUUUAAGAAAACAGCUGAGAGCCAAGUGACCAAGAUGAUUAUAAGCCAGUGGGCCAAGUGAGCUAUAAUUCUAUCACUGAUGAAGUUGUGGGGGAAAAAAAAAAAACAAAACAACAA